UGUACCAAAUUACAUACAGUUCUUUUGUGAAGUUUCUAGAAUUUUGCUUACAAAAAACAAAAAAUGAAAGAAAAUUUUAAGCCAAGAUGAGCUGAGUGGAGAUGAAGUCAGCAGCGAACAUUAUAAAAAUUGGGUGGGUCCCUACACCAGCCUGGUCGGAAAGGUCUAAAACCCAAAACUACACACAAGUACACAACACAGACACAACCAAACUACACACAAGUACACAACACAGACACAACCAAACUCAUCUCUCUCUCUCACACACUUCCACUUGCCAUCGCCGACACUUCAAGAAGAAUAAAAAAUAAAGAAAAAGAAAAAAUAAACUCUUUCUGAUUAUUCGAUCUAACACCGCUUCCAUGGAUCGCCGUAUCUACGGUGGCUCCGCCGUCGCUAAUCUCAUUCUCUUCCUCCUACUCUCCUCCUCAUCUGCAUUAUCCAAGAACCCGAACACCUCAUCCGGGUCGGGUCAGAUCAACUCCAACUCUGUCCUCGUAGCUCUCCUCGACUCUCGUUACACAGAACUCUCCGAGCUCGUCGAGAAGGCUCUCCUCCUUCAGACACUCGAAGACGCCGUCGGUCGCCACAACAUCACCAUCUUCGCCCCUCGCAACGAAGCUCUGGAGCGUGACCUUGACCCUGAGUUCAAACGCUUCUUGCUCGAGCCGGGUAACCUCAAAUCUCUCCAAACACUCCUCAUGUUCCACAUUAUCCCCACCCGGGUCGGGUCGGACCAAUGGCCAUCAGAGGAUUCGGGUCGGGUCAAACACGUUACGCUAGCGAACGAUCAUCUCCAUUUGAUCAAAGGAGACGGCAGAAAGAUGGUGGAUUCCGCCGAGAUAAUCCGACCCGACGACUUGACCCGACCCGACGGGUUGAUCCACGGCAUCGAACAGCUUCUCAUCCCUCGCUCCGUUCAAGAGGAUUUCAACCGCCGCCGCAGCCUCCGAUCAAUCUCCGCCGUCUUACCGGAAGGAGCUCCGGAGGUCGACCCGAGAACCAACCGUCUCAAGAAGAAACCCGCUCCGGCACCGGCCGGAUCUCCGCCGGCUCUCCCGAUCAAAUCCGCAAUGGCUCCCGGUCCGUCGCUAGCUCCGGCACCGGCGCCGGGACCGGGAGGCAAGCGCCACCACUUCGACGGCGAAGCUCAGGUCAAAGACUUCAUCCACACGCUGCUGCAUUACGGCGGCUACAACGAGAUGGCGGACAUUCUCGUGAACCUGACGUCGCUCGCGACGGAGAUGGGUCGGUUGGUGUCGGAAGGCUAUGUGCUGACGGUUCUUGCUCCCAACGACGAGGCCAUGGUGAAGCUGACGACGGAUCAGCUGAGCGAGCCUGGAGCUCCGGAGCAGAUCGUGUAUUACCAUAUCAUCCCUGAGUACCAGACGGAGGAGAGUAUGUAUAACUCUGUGAGGAGGUUUGGGAAGGUGAAGUUCGAUACGCUGCGUUUUCCUCAUAAGGUUGUGGCUAAGGAGGCUGAUGGUUCGGUUAAGUUCGGGGACGGUGAGAGGUCGGCGUAUUUGUUUGAUCCGGACAUUUAUACGGACGGUCGGAUCUCGGUUCAGGGGAUUGAUGGUGUUUUGUUCCCUGAAGUGGAGGAGGUUGUUGAAUCGGUUAAGAAACCGGUUAAGAAAGUUGUUCAACCGAGAAGAGGAAAUCUUUUGGAAGUAGCUUGUAGAAUGCUUGGUGCUAUUGGCAAGGACGCUUCUUAUUUCACCAAAUGCCGGUAAAGAACUUAUGUACACACAUUCAAAAAGCUGAUUGAAGAUUUGUCAUUGGGUGUAUAGACAACAACGCUUCAGGAACCAACAAGCAUGGUUUUUGAGUUUUUUUUUCUUAAAUAUAUAUUUUUGGGGGGUGUUUCAUAAUUGGUGUUGGAGUAUGAAUACUGUAAUUAGAUAUAUCAAUCAUUUCUUAAUUAAUUUGGUGGUGUAUGAGAAUGAAAGUAUACAAUUAAUAAAAAGAGGUAACAAAAGAGAGAGAACAUAAACCUUUUCUUUUAUCUUAAGGAUUUGUUGCUUUUUGGACUCGUUGGCUUUUACUAUGAGAAAGGUAUAUUUGCACUUGGUAAGAGAAU